AUGCGUGUUCCACUACCGCCAUUAGAACAGAUUCAACAGAUAACUCAACGUUAUGGUGCAAGAUAUCUAAUAAAUCCUAAUGUCUAUGACAAGAUAUAUGAUAAACUGAAUUUAGAAGCCACUUACAAGGAUCCAUCGAAAUUACAAAUAUUGGAUUUAUACUCUGGGCCAGGUAUACAAUCAGCUACAUUUUACAACCGAUAUUCUCCAUCACAAUGCGUCCUCAUGGAAUCAAGGCCACAGUUUUUGAGAUUCAUACAGAACAACUACACCAGUGAUUCUUCAUCUUCUCCAUUGAUAUUAUAUCCACAAGAUCCGUAUAACUGGAAAUCCUUUAUCAAUCUAAUUGAAAAGGAUAAGGUACUGAUACCGAAGAAAGAACCUUUUGAACAAGUACACGAUUCAUUCUUAAUAACAGGUAACUUAACAAAUCAUAACAACGAAUCAUUAAUCAUGCAAUGGUUUGCCUGUAUUGGGAAUCAAAAUUGGUUACAAAGAUUCGGUAGAGUGAAAAUGCUACUGUGGAUUCCUGUCAGUACAGCAAUCAAACUCUUAGCUCCAUUAGGCAGUAAAAAUAGAAGUAAGAUGAGUGUCAUUGGUGACACUUUGACUGAUAUCAAUUUAAUAGCCAUUUCAAAUGAGAAAGAUUUGAAGAAAUUCGAUGCAGUAUUGUUGAAAAAUAAUCAUCCUUUAGUAUUUGAUGGAUCUGAUAACAAAAUGAUGUUGCAGACAGUAAAUCAUAGUAAUUCAAAUGACUCAUCAAAUAAUUCAAUCGUUUUAUUGGAAAUUACUCCCAAGUUUAUUGAGUUGGAUUUCGAAAACUGGGACUAUGUGACGAAACAUCUUAUGGUAUUAAAAAGAACGAAAUUGACUGACGCUUUUGAUUCAUUGGGACAUGGAAGCAAAGAUUAUUUCACAUCAAAAAUUGAAGAUAAAGAUUUUUUGAAAAAGACACCCGCUGACUUAGAUUGGAAAGAAUUUAUUCAUUUAACAGAGCUUUUUGCAAAUUGGCCAUUCAAGCCUGAUAUUUACAUGGAUUUUAUCGAUAUCUUACAGGAAGAAAGUUCUGCGUAG